AUGACAAAGGAAGACAUAUCUCCCAUUGACUUCAGUAGACUGAAGGGCAAAUUGAGCGGCUGGGCAUCCAGGCCCAGUAAUAACACUCGACCUUCUACCCCUGCCCGACCCAGCAACCCCAAGAAUGUACAUUACUCCGGCACUGUGGAGUUGUACCAGCCUAAGGAUAACGACAGAAGCAAGGCCGAGACCCUGGCGGAUGAAGAUAAAGACGACCUCCUUUUUAAUAAUUUCAUCCAGAGAAUACUGGAUAAAGAGGACGAGCAAUAG